AUGGUGGUGAUGAUUUUUCUUCCUUCCUCUUUUACAUUAAGAAGUCGUUGAAAUAUAUACCCUCUGAUAAAGUAACUUAUUUUGGAAGUUGUCACUUACUUAGAUUAGUUAUCGUGGACAUUUGACCACUUGUAUGGCAAAACAGACGCCUAUAAAUUAACCAUUGACAUUAAAGAAGGAAAUCAUUUGUAUAUAAGUGUUUAUAUAUAUACAGGAACAACAAACAUUCACGUAGCUGUAAUUUUCUCAUCUUAUUGUGAACUGUAAACAGUUUAUCGGACACACAGAAAACUGCAUUAAAGUUUCACGAUGUCUGUAAAAAAGACAUUUAGAAGAAGAGACGUUGUUUUUCUUGCAUUUUUGUUCACUAUUGUGCACGGGAUUCUCGUGUUCCACGAGGAAAAGAAGUCGUGGUGGGAGGCACAGUCAACAUGUUCACAAGACGGAGGCACAUUAGUGACAACGUAUACGAGUGCAGAUAUUUUACGUUUAACAUCAGCCAUUGAAACAGUGUGGGAGGGAAGAUAUUAUUCACCGUGGGCGUGGCUGAUAGGUUGCUAUAGUUACAACGGGUCCUAUGACUAUAUAGAGUUAAAGAGAAACCAACUGAAGAAGUGUUUGAACCAUUGCAAUACAACGAAUUAUUUUGGUCUUCAGAACAAGAAAUGUUUUUGCUUCGACACAUUCAAUGGAGAGUUCAAGAGAACUGAAGAUAAUUGUAUUCAUGAAUGUCCCGGGAACAGCGAGGAGAGAUGUGGUGGGCCACAAGCUCUAACAGUCUACAUGAAUG